AUGGCAAAUAAUAUAUUAGAUCCAAUCUUUAAAUUAUACGAUCCGAUUCGUUAUUCAUUUAACAAGAAAAAAGAGGAUUAUAUUAUCAUCUCACCCACUGUUGGUUCUAAAUCCCAGUUGAAUGAUGGUGGUAGAAUUACCUUCGAAAUAAAUUCAUUAUCGAAUUGGUUGCUUCUUUCCGAUGCUUAUUUCGGAUGUGAUUUCAAAAUUAAAGAUGGAACUCCCAAUGAAAAUCGUGUACCACAAACAAAUACAACGUUAGAAAACAAUUUCUUUCCAUCUUUAUUUAGCGAGAUGGUUUUGGAAGCUGGUUCAAAUCCGAUAGAAACAAUUAAACACCCUGGGAAAUUCGACACAAUGUUGAAAACAGUUUUAUAUAGAUUUCGAUUCAGUCUCAGGUUGGAUACCCGAUGUUGGCGAUGGAAGUGUUUUAAAAGAACCGGGGUGGUUUGCUGGUCCAAAAACGCACAGAAGGAAGAAAGGUUGGCGGAUCCAGGAUCACGUGGUGAAGAUUCAGAUGGUGUGGAAGGGGAAGACGAGUCUGACAGUGGAAAGAGAAGGGGAGUGCCCUCUCUACGAGAGCCUAUACCUAUGUCUGCUGGACAAGGAGUAGAUGAACUUCGGGCUCGUUUAGGGGUUUGGUUCGGCAGCGUGGUGGCUCUAGAUGGUGCAGGUGUAGUGUCCAUUUCAGUUGGUAGAGAUAUGGUUACUCUGGUUUUUGUUUCGUUGAUUGUUUGGUAG